AGACCAAAACAUUUGAAUCAUUGGAACCACCUCUUCCUGAAAUAUCCGGAACUGCAGAAUUUCCGCCAAGUGAUUUAUUUGGUCAUUUGAUAGAAAAAUUUUUAACCUACGGUUAUGCAUCAAGAGUACCAUUAAUACAUAAACCUACAUUCAUUAAACAACUUAAGGAUAAACAUAAUCAACCAUCCCUUUUUUUGUUGAAUAGUAUAUUGGCGGUAUCUAGUCAUUUUACAGAUGAUCCAAGAGUACGAUCAGAUCCGGAUAAACCAGAAACAGCUGGGGAAAUAUUUUUCAAACGAGCUCUUGCUUUGAUGGAUGAUUUCAUGGACAGAUCACGUCUUUCUACUGUACAGAGUCGUAACACAAGUCGAAUUUGGAUGUUUAUUGGAAUGGCAGUCAGAAUGUCUUUAGACUUGUCAUUAAAUCGAGAUUGUUCAAAAUUGAAUAUCAGUAAAGUGGAAAAGGCCGUGAGAACGAGAGUCUUUUGGUGUGUUAUGAACUCAGAAGUUAUCGCUUGUGCUUCAUUUGGGAAACCUAUACCUAUUUAUGAUUAUAAUACAAAAUUUCCAUAUGAAAUUGAAGAAGAUGGGGAGGAAUCACAAGAUGUUAUUAAUUUUAUUCAUCUUACCAAACUUUAUAAAAUAUAUGGGAAUAUUAUACAAUCAAAACCUUAUUCAUUGCAACCCGGAUCAUUACGUAAUACAUUACCAGCUAUUGAAGCUUCAUUAAGUUCAUGGGAAUUUGCAUUACCACCACAUUUAAGAUAUACCCCACCAAAUUUUGGAGAUCCAAGUCCAACCAAUGUUUCACUUUAUACAGCAUAUAUUCAUCAACUGUAUAAUGCAGCAAUUAUUUCCCUUCAUAGACCUUAUAUAGAUUCAGAAGAAUUAUCUAUUGAUUCAAUUGAUUCACGCGAAAAAUGUAGAAAUGCAGCUAUCAACAUUACCAAACUUUCGGAUUGUAUAGAAAUAGAAAAUCGAGGAAUAUUUUAUAUGUAUAGUGCUACAGCAUAUUGUCUUUCUCAAGCAGCUACUAUACAUUUAAUGGAUAUAAGUGAUUCCGAAUAUUUUUCAAUAGGUAAAAUGUAUAUGGAAAGAUGUAUUAACGCCCUUAAAUAUUUAGCUGAAAAAUCUAAAUUUGGCCAAAGUCGUAGUAUGGUUGAGGAUGCUUUGAAAACGUUGGAAACUAUAUUUAAAAUACAAGUUGCCAAAGCAGAAGAAGAAAUGAAUAAAAGUGAUAAAUCUCUUCGAAUAAAAA